CUUCCGCAUCUCCCAGACAAUGUAAACCCAAACCAGUUUUGGUGCAACUUUGCAGCGACCCUGGGCAGUUUGGGGGGGCGCGUUUGGGGAGCGAGAGAGGUGGGGGAGAGAAAUAGGUGUACUUGUCUCUCCUGAGCGAUGCCAUGGAGGUGGUCUGGCAGUACCAGUUUCGGAUUAUCGUGGUGGGAGACUCCACGGUGGGCAAAUCUUCUCUCCUGAAACGUUUCACCGAUGACAGUUUCAACGAGGUUUCGGAUCCGACCGUGGGAGUGGAUUUCUAUGCGCGUUUGGUGGAGGUCGAGCCCGGGUGUAACAUCAAACUCCAGCUCUGGGAUACAGCUGGUCAAGAAAGGUUCAGAUCCAUCACUCGCUCCUACUACAGGAAUUCGGUGGGGGGCUUCCUGCUGUUCGAUCUGACCAACCGGAAGUCCUUUGAGAACAUCACAGAAUGGCUGAACGAAAUCAACGAACACGUGUUCCCGAACAAGACCAUCUUUGUUUUGCUCGGGCACAAAUGCGACUUAACCGACGAUCGUGAGGUGACCCGAGAGGAGGUGGAGAAGCUGGCGGAAGGGCUGGGCUUGGAAUACCUGGAGACCUCGGCCAAAGACAACACCAACGUGGAGAAGGCGUUCGUCACGCUGACCCGGUGCAUUUACGAUUCAAUGAACUCAGGGGAGAUCGUGUUGGAGAAAGGUUGGGAUGGAGUGAAACGAGGAUUUCAUCCCAAGAUACUGGAGCACUCAAAAGACAAAAAGAAAGGAAGUGAUUGCAAUUGCUAGCUAUUCGCCCACUGAAUACUCAGUCUUUACCCUUGACAGUAAAUCCUGGAAACACUUUAAAGCAUCCUCCCGUCACGAAAGGCACUGUGUGAAAUGCAAGGUUUAUGCACCUGAUCCAAUUAAUAAGUUACAAUACCAGGAGCAGAGUGGGCAAUCGCAAGACUAUAAUUGCAUCUGUCGGUUGCAUUUCUGGUCAUGACCCAAUGCUCAAAUAAACUGCAUUAGAUAUAGAAAGCGACAUCUACAAAGCACAAUCACUUGGUGAUCGUCAGUGCCACUGGAAAAAAAAAUCACUUACUGUACUACUUGCUAAUAAACCCUUGGGAACUGGGAAUUCCAGCACAGUGGAUGCCAAUUAAUGGCCAGACACACUGUUAAAUGGAAGCAUUGGUUUGAAGAAAUCCUUUGAUCAGGCACCGAUUCUUACAGCAUACGCCCUGCAGUGUUUGAAAGCAGUUGGAUCACAGGGAGAGUUCUCUUGAGUCUUCACAUAGUUUGAUCCCAUUAUGAGGCAUUCUAACUGAUUUGGUGGCAGUUGGGUGAUUUUUCUACUGGGAGAUGUUAAAAUGUAGGAGAAGAUACUCCAAAUAGGGUCUUUUUAAGAAAACGUGCAAAAAAAACUUGGUCGUAGUAACUUAAUGGCGAUGUUGGUAAGAUGUAUGUCUAUGUAAAUUUCACAUACUUGGUUUAGUUGACAUCUUCCUGUUAAUCCUUCUUUGCUUACAUUGUGUCGCCCUCUGAAAACAUUUGUCUCACUUGCUCGCCACCUCUCGUGGUUGGUAAAAGGAGCAAAGGAGCACAAAGAAAAUCCUACUAAAUCUUUGGGACGAUUUCAAGCUCAUUGCCUUUCACUGCUGAUAAGAACCCGGCAUUUCUGUAUUUUUUAAAGAAAACAAAUUCACACUGAGAGAGUCGAGACGUUUAAUUUUUGAUUGAUAAACUUCCUGCCCUUAUAAAGUCAGGUCAGUGAACAUCCCCACAUUGGAAAAUAUUGUUUGACUAAAGAGCUUUUGCUCUGUCCAGUGGGGAGAUAUUUAUAAUGUUUAACAUGGGCGUGAGUAGCUUUUAGCGACAAUGAUCUUUAACUUUGACUGUGUUGCUCUCUAUAUAAUGGCUACAAAGAUUUGAUCCAGCUCUGUAUUUCCAGACCCUUGAUCAUUAUCUUCAAUGAAAGUUUUGCUUAUUCUGGUAAGGUGGAAGGGUUAAUGUUAUCUGCUGCCAUAUGUGCCUAUUUACAUCCUGAAUAUUGGCUGUCUGGUCCAUAUAGUGACUAAGUAUACAGAGAGUGUGUGUAAAACUCUCGAAUGUGUGUGAGUGAGUGACUACAGGUAUUGGCUGAUGUUUAUUCUUUUGAUUAAAAUUUUACACGAA